UGACGCCAUUUCCAAGCGACUUCACCGCGCGCUAUUUGGUCUAAAGACCUCACAACAAGGAACCUCUGAGUGAGUUUUCUUGAUGAUUGAGCCUCACGGGACGCAGUAGAGGUUAAGCCAUGUUUUCUCCGCGUACCGGCCCGAGUUCGGCCCGCCGGCAACAAAACAGAACCCCCGCCGGGAGAACGUCCACCAACAGCCUGCUGCUCACGCCGCGGAGGACACCUUUGUCGGCGAGACCGACGCCCACCCGUGAGCAUAGCCACGCCCCCUUCGGUGGCCUCAAUUAUGACGUCCAAACGUUCGGCUCUUCGCUGCCUGUCAAAGUGAUGGAGGCGCUGACCGUGCUCAAGGUCGAGGAGCAGAUCUCGGUGAAAGUGAGCGAGAGCGGAUGGGCCUGGAUGGUUUGCGGAGACAGGCUCAUCAUCUGGAAGAUCUGCCAGACGGCCGUGGCCAAGCUGUGCGCGUGCAAGGAGCUUCAGCUCCCCAACAGCCAGUACGACUACACGGCCGAGCACGUGGCCGUGACGUCAGCCGGCCCACUGGACGCGGCGCCGGUGCAGGCCGUGACCGUGCUGGCCGUGGCAGCUGAGGGUGCCGCUCGUUUGUGGCCCAGCUUGUCUCAGGAGGGGAACUACGCCGAGUCCGACCUGGACCUGGGAGACCUGUGCUCCUUUGUGGUGGCCGUCACUGGCGGUAGCUUCGUGGUGUCCUCGUCUAAGAGUCGUAUGUUGCGUGUUGGAGCGGACGCUUCCGGGAGGCUUCAGUACCGAGCGCUGCAACAGGGGCAGGGCAUGUUGUCCGGCAUCGGGCGCAGGAUGUCCAGCCUGUUCGGCAUCCUGUCGCUGCCCGCCAACGACACCCUCCACAGUGUGCUGUGGGUUGGCGAAACCAGCUGCCUCUACGCGCUUACCAACUCACGCCUCAGCAAAUGGGAAGUGGACGAGAGAUCGGAGGAGCAGACGGUCAGUUGGGAUGCCCAGCGAGCUCUAACGGAGAGCAUCGCUGACGCCAUCUGGGGCUCAGAGGGCAACUACGAGGAGAUGCGUGAUGGUGUAAACGUGACUUUUCUGGACAUGAAGCUCAGCCAGGCCGGGCUGGUAGUCCUCGCCGCUGCCUGGCACCCAUCCGACAAGCCCUGCCUGGUUUACUUCUGCCUGGUCACCCUGCAGGACGUCAGCAAUGCCAUCUCCAACCAGUUCACCGUGGAAGUUACCAACUACAACCCCUCCUUCCUGAACGAGUCUGAGCUGCACGCUACACGUCUCCUGCUGCCGCCUUCUCCCGGUGCCACCGCCUUCCUCUACAACGAGGAGCUCGUCUUCGCCUGCUCCACAGGAUGCGGCAGGGCUGGCCUUCCUGACGAGAGGAUCCCCUUCAAAUCGCCCGGUGAUGGCGUGCGCGGUGGCGGCUGCUGCGCCAACCUGCCCGUCUUCUUCUCUCAGAACAGCGGGCUGGUAGCCGUGGUGGCCCGGGAGAGCGCCUCCAUCCUGCCUGAGACUGUGGAGGACUCGUUGUGCUCGUCUCUGGCAGCGGCAUCGGAAGUGUCCAUGAUGGAGCAGCCCUGCCGAACUGAGCCAGUAUCUCAAGAGGACAAACCGAUGCUCCUGAAGGCAGCAUUCUUGCAGUUCUGCCGCAACGACCUCGUGGGCGCUCAGGCGCUCACCGACGAGCUCUUCCCGACUGGUGACGUUGUGGGAGAGGGCGGCGAGCUGGAUGCCAUAGUGACCCAGAUCAACCUGGACCUGCUGGAUGACUACCCGGCCUCGGACCCCCGCUGGGCCGAGUCUGUGCCUGACGAGAGCGCUGGGUUCCCACUGACGUCCCUCAUUAUCCUCCACCAGCUGGAGGACAAGAUGAAGGCCCACACCUGUUUCAUGGACUUCCUGCUGCAGGUGGGUCUCCUGGAGCGUCUGGGCCACAUUUGGGUGCGCUCGUCCCCCAUGGCCACACGACUGUUGCUGUGCGAGCACGCCGAGAAGCUGCAGGCGGCCAUGAUGUUUAAGAACCAGCACACCAAACACAGCGACUUGGUCAACCGGGCCAUCGGCACCGCGCUGAGCCGGAAUAACGCUGCCGUGCCACCCAGUCUCACCGGAGCCGACGUCUUCUUCCGGGAGGUUUCGCAGAUCUCUACCAUCUUUGAUUGUCUUCUGGAGGAGGAGGAGAGGAGCUUGAGGGAGAACCCGGUAGACUCGGUGCAAUGGGCUGAGGUGGUUCUGACUGUCAACACCAUCAUCAAGGACAUGCUACACGCUGCCAGUCAAUACCGAGAGAGCAAAGCAUCCAUGUACAGAGCGUCUGAUCAUGGCGCCGCAAACCCUGAGUACAUCCCAUGGACAGCGCUGGGGGGCACGGGCGGAAUCCGCACGGUCAUCUCCCGCCAGCACGAGCUCAUCUUGCGCUCCAUGUACCCCCAUGCCGACUCGGAACUGCGCAGCAUGUUGUGUGAGCAGCUGGUGGCGCUGUUGGACUUCUACCUGGGAGGCUACGUGGCCCAGCUCAACUCCUUGAAGCAGCAGCAGGACCAAGAGCGCUACAACAGCCUGGAAAUGGAGUACAGUCAGCGGAGAGCUGAACUACUGGCACCACUAUUGGAGCUGGGUCAGUACCAGUGGGUGGCGGCGUUGGCCGAGAAGUACUGCGACUUUGACAUCCUGGUCCAAAUGUGCGAGCUGACUGACAACCAGAGCCGCCUGCAGCACUACAUGAGCAAGUUUGCAGACCAGAACUUUGCGGACUUCCUGUUUCGCUGGUACAUGGAGAAAGGCAAGAGAGGAAAGCUUCUGUCCCAGCCGGCCGCUCAACACCAGCAGCUGGCCGGAUUCCUGCAGGCGCAUCAACACCUCAGCUGGCUGCACGACAUACACCUGGACCACUAUCACACUGCCCACAGGACGCUGUACAAGCAGGCCAACAUGGAGACGCGUUACUUCACGAAGAAAAAGACUCUGCUGGCUCUCAGCAAGCUGGCAGCGCUGGCGUCCGAUCUACCGGAAGACGAGCUGGGCAAACAAGUCGACGAAAUUGUGGAGCAGGAGCGCUUCCUGCUACACCAGGAGACGUUGCCCAGGCAGCUUCUGAAGGACAAACAGCAGAACCCCGACACCAUGCCACUGCUCAGCGCUCACCAGCUGGUCCAGCUUUACAUUUGCGACGACAACCGCAGAGCCAACGAGUACGACUUCAAGAAGGCUUUGGAUCUCCUCCACUACAUCCAAGAGGAAGAUGACAUCAACAUCCACUCGCUCAAAUGCCAAAUCCUUGGAAAAGUUCUCAGGAGAGAUGAUUGGUCUUCUGCCGACGGAAAUGAUGACCCGCUUGAGGCCGCCAAGGACAGCGUCUUUGUCAAGAUCCUCGCCAAGCUCGCCGACGAAGGUGUCAGGCUGCAGACGUACCUGCCGGAGGUCAAGGAGCUGCUGGAGCUGGAUGAACUGAGUGCUCUCAAGUCCAAAGCAUACUUUGAGUUUGUCUUGCGAGCCAAUUACGAACAUUACCUGCAGGGGCAGAUGUGAGCGCCCAGCCCAAGAUUCUCCUGACUUUUUUCCAAAAUAAAGA